GCUUUUUUAAGGUUCUGGGUCAGCUGACUGAAACUGGAGUUGCAAGCCCAGAGCAGUUUAUCAAAACCUUUGAGCACAUGAAGAGAUCUGGAGAUUACUACGUUACUGUUGUAGAAGACACAAACCUUGGACAGAUUGUUGCUACAGCAACACUGGUUAUAGAACAUAAAUUCACUCACUCCUGUGCAAAGAGAGGAAGGAUAGAAGAUGUCGUAGUAAGUGGAGAGUGCAGAGGAAAGCAGCUUGGUAAACUAUUAACAUCCACCCUCACAUUGCUAAGUAGGAGACUGAACUGUUACAAAAUCACUCUUGAGUGUCUGCCAAAAAACGUGGAUUUCUAUAAGAAGUUUGGCUAUUCAGUAUCUGAAGAAAACUACAUGUUUCAACGGUUCUUUAAUUAA